CGCAACCGCUCGGCGCCGCGCCGCUCCGCCGCCGGCCCGCGCCGCAACGCCUGCCUCUCCGUCAAGCCCUACCUCAACUUCCUGCACGAGCUGCGCCACCAGCUUCGGGACAUCCAGGAGAUACAAGUGAUUCACCAGGGGGAGCGGCAGUGGCGCAGCAUGACGGCCCACGAGAAGCGGCCGUACUACCAGCUGGCGGCGCGCGCGCGCAACUACUACAGCCUGCGCCGGCGGCGCAAGGCCACGUGCGUGGAGUGCGGCUCGCCCUUGUGGGCGUGGCCGUUCCGGAGCACGCUGGCGCGGGCGGGGAAGACGUUGUGGCGGCGCAAGAAGCCGUCUCGCAACCGCCGC